GGCAGAAUGCAGAUCAGGGGAGGGAGGGGAAAGGAAAAAAGCAGCAUAAAUAAGGUCCAAACUUGUAGAUCUUAAAGAUCUUGCUUGGCAUGGUUGCCACAGAGGAAAAUGAGCGUGAGUUACAUAUUUUCGGUGUUUCUGAGGGAGCUGCCUGGCUACGUUCUCUUUGCUGGGAUCUUUAUGCCUGUGACUUUACUCCUGCUGCUGCUAAUUGCCUACUUCAGGAUCAAAUUAAGGGAAGUUGAUGAGGAACUGGCCAUGGAACAAGACCCCAGAAAUGCCCUCCUGAAUCACCGUGGACAGUGGAAGAAACCCAGGAGAUCUGGACAAAAAGAGAACAAAUACAAGAACUCAAGGAUAUUUAAGGGAGUCUCACGUCUCAGGAAGCAAGCUUAAACCCAGUACUCAGGUCUGCAAGUUUAAAAAUAACCAACUGUAGAUAAAUACCACAGAGGAAAACAAAACAGAGAGAAGAAAUUAGUGCUGUGCUGUACAAAUGAAAUGGCUGCUGCCGUUCAAAAAGUUCUUGUAACCGUUUUGCUUUCUCACGGGCCCAAGCAAGUGGUACUUUGUGCACAUCAGCAGAGACAAGAGACCUCCUGCAACAAGCUGUAUCAGUUCCCUUACACUACACAGGAUCUGGGGGGAGGGACAGCACCUUGCACAUGAGCCCUUCCCUGGCCAACCAAGAAGAAAGCCAUGUAAUGAGCUCCUAAGAGAGCUGAGCCUGGUGCACACAAGGCAGGCAGUCUUAAUAAACUGAAGAUGCAUAAAUAGCGAGGUCAUAUCAAGCACUGACAUCCAGGAAAUUGAAAAGAGUGAUGAAGGGGAACUGAUUUUUUUAUUAGCUUGUACACUUUGGGAAAGAUUGUAAGUUUUAUAAAAUAUGCUUUCCAUAAAGUUUGGAAGCAAAAUAUACAGUAAUGGUGUACCUCAUAUUGGCUAUGGAAGACAACCCACAAAAAUGCAACUCAAACUGUUUGAAAGCUCUAUUGCCUUUUGGCUUCUCCAAUUCUGACUCUCAAAUUUAAACCCAAACUGAUGAAGAAUGAGUGACUAUCAUUACUCUCCCUGAUGUUUACUGUCCCUUUCUGCUAGUGAUUCCUGUCUGUAAUUAACUUCCAUUAAAGCUGCUUGUCAUUUCCAAUCCUG